AAACCAGGAAGGGAAUCCCUCCGCUAAUGUGAGCCUAUGGGGGAUAGGGUCCUAACGUGUGCCCCAACAUUUAUCAUCCAAGUGAGGCUUAACCUACAUUCACACCUCUCGCGUUUUCGUUCGGUUCCCUGCAACUCUCACCCCGUUGGUUCGUUCAAUCGCAAUCAUCAAAACCCCUUUCGCUGAUCAACCAUGGCUGACCGCACCUCCGCCACGCCCCUCCACAUCUCCGCUGCACCUCCUUUUCAGAUCUCCAAAGAUUUCCAUGGCUCUGACAACCCUAUUCCUCUUUCGCCACAGUGGCUUCUGCCAAAGCCAGGGGAGAGUAAACCUGGAAUAGGAUCUGUGGAAAACCAUGUGAUGUCAACUCCACCAUAUGGCAAUCGCCCAGAGACUGUUAAGACAUCUGGAAAUGGAGAUGAUGUGAAUGAUGGCCAUAAAAGGAAGGAUGUCUUUUGGCCAUCCAUGCUUGACUCUGGAAGUGGACGUCGCGACCGUUGGCGAGAUGAAGAGAGAGAUACUAAGUCCUCCAUACGCAAGGAUCGUUGGAGGGCUGCAGACAAAGACCUAACUGAUCCCCGUAGAGUGGAUCGAUGGACUGAAAAUUCAUCCACGAGGCACUUUGGAGAAGCACGUCGCAGCACAUCUGAUAGAUGGAAUGAUUCAGGUCAUAGAGACACUAGCUUUGACCAGCGGCGUGAGAGUAAGUGGAACACACGCUGGGGUCCUGAUGAUAAGGAGCCAGAAGGUCUUCGUGAAAAAUGGAGCAACCCAGGUAAAGAUGGUGAUCUGCACAUUGAGAAAGGUUUGGCUAACAUUUCCAAUCCUAGUAAGGAUGAGAAGGAAGGGGAUCAUUACCGUCCAUGGAGACCUAACUCCUCACAAAGUCGUGGAAGGGUAGAGCCUCCCCAUCUCCAGAAUGUGACACCAAACAAGCAAGUGCCUGCAUUUUCAUAUGGGCGUGGCCGUGGUGAGGAUACACCUCCAGUGAUUACUCUUGGACAUGCUCGGCUUGGAUCUGGUGGUAGCUCUAUGAAUAGCACAUAUAUGCAUACUCUAUAUCCUGGAAUUGUAUUGGAUAAAAUGGAAAGUCAGCAUGGAGAAGGCUGUCCCUUUAGAUACAGUAGGACAAAUUUGCUGGAUGUGUACAGAAUGACUGAUAUGCGUACAAAUAGAAAAGUAGUCGGUGAUUUUGUGCAGGUACCUUCUCUUACACAGGAUGAUCCAUUGGAGCCUCUAGCUCUUUGUGAACUGAAGUCUGAGGAACUGUCAGUAUUAAAGGAUAUUGACAACGGGGAAAUAAUUAGUAGCAGUGCACCUCAGGUGCCAAAAGAUGGGCGGAACUCAGCAGAAUUUACACAUUCAAGACGAAUGAAGCUUUCAGAUGCACCUUUCCAAGAUAGAGGUGAAGAUGGUGGUUCUUACAGAGUUGCUGAUGAGGCAUUUAAUAAUAGAGGAUCAGCAUUUGAAGAAAAUAAUUCGGUUCAUCCUGGUGCUGCAUGGCAUGUCAUGCCACUGGGUGAACAUGCAGGCACAAUCAUGCAUGAUAGCAGAGAUGUGUCUAGUGAUAUUAAGUCAAGGAACUCAGAUGUGAGCUGGUCACACCAGCCAAAAGAUCCUCAUACUCAGUGGGAUGGUAAUUUGGAUUAUUUAUCUGAAGCCAGAGAUAUGGCUAAGUGGCAGUCUAAUGGAGAUCCCAUUAUUAAGAGGCAGCUAACUGGCAUUUUGGACAGUGAACUUGAAACCAGGAGAGUUCCACAGACAUGUCCAGAGGACUUAUCCCUUUUUUAUAAAGAUCCUCAGGGUCAAGUUCAGGGCCCGUUCAAAGGAAUUGAUAUUAUUGGUUGGUUUGAGGCUGGAUAUUUUGGUAUAGAUUUACCUGUUCGCCUGGAACAUGCAGCACCUGACUCCCCUUGGUUACAACUUGGUGAUGCCAUGCCCCAUUUACGAGCUAAAGCCCGACCACCACCUGGGUUUUCUGCAGCAAAACUGGACUGUGCAGAGGCACCUUGUCGGCAAAAUUCCAAUACAUUUGGGAACAUACAUACUGGUUUAAGUGAUGUGGAGAUGUUGAGAAAUGAUUCUAUGCAUAGGAAUUCUACUACUGAAGCUGAAAAUAGAUUUUUGGAGUCACUCAUGUCUGGUAGCAAGAGCAGUCCCCCAAUAGAUAGUCUUGCAUUUUCAGAAGGUUUGCAAGGGUUUCUUGGUAACAAUUCUGGUAAUUUGGGCCCAUCAGGAGUAGAUGGUGGAAACAACCUUUACUUACUAGCCAAGAGGAUGGCACUUGAAAGGCAGCAGUCCUUGCCCAAUCCUUAUCCAUACUGGCCAGGGAGAGAUGUAGCACCCCUUCCACCAAAAUCUGACAUUUUUCCAGAUGUAGUACAGCAGUCAAAUUUCUUGUCUCCAGUGAAUAACAAUUCUCAUCAGCUUCAGUCCCAAAAUCCUGAGUUGAUCUCAAUAAUCCAAGGGUUAUCCGACCGGUCAUCCACAGGCUUAAAUAAUGGUAUUGCUGGAUGGCCAAAUUGUCCCUCACAAAGUGGAUUGGAUCCCCUUCAGAAUAAGAUUGACUUGCAUCAUGAUCAGAAUUUUCUUCAAAUGCCAUUUGGAAUUCAACAACAAAGGUUGCAGACACCAAGCCAAUUGUCUUUAAAUAACUUAAUAGCUCAAACUUCAGAUAACCCAUCUAGUAUUUUGACAGCAGAUAAGUUACUUUCUUCUGGUUUAUCCCAAGAUCCCCACAUGUUGAAUAUGUUGCAACAACAAUACUUACUGCAGUUGCAUUCUCAGGCUGCUCCUUCACAGCAGAUGCCUUUGUUAGAUAAAUUCCUAUUGCUGAAGCAGCAGGAGGAGAAACAGCUAUUAUUACGCCAUCAACAGCAGCUGUGUUCUCAAGUGCUGCAGGAGCACCAGUCUCACCAUCCGUUUGGUGAAUUUUCUUUUAAACAGUUGCAGGGAGGUGGAAUACCAAUGGAGAAUUUGCAUGUGGAUAUUUCUCAAAUUCAACCUCCGAAAGAGAUUUUUCCCAUGAGCUCACAGGCACCUAUUACCACUGUGCAUGAUGAGCUUACUACUAAUUCUUUGGAUUUACCUCUGCGAGUAACUCCGGACCAUAGCUAUAACAUAAGCAGUGAAUCUUCUGUGCAGCUGCCUCACCAAAUAAUUGGGAAUAUUAGUCAUCAGAAGAGUUGGGAUCCUACACUUCCUGUGCAAAUUAAUGAAAAGUACCAGAAGGAAACAUUGCCCGCAUCAGGUUCCGUUGAAAGAUCCCUAUUGCAUGGGCAGAACAGAGCCAAAGAAGAAACUACCAUUGUGCAGAAACCUCUUUCUUUUCCUGAUUGUACUGCUAAAUCUGUGGUGCAGAUGCCAGAUGAUAGUUGUAGAGCUGAUGGUAUCCUUGAGAAGGCAACUUUUGAUUCUGGUGAGAAUUCUCAACCUGUACAGUGUGAUGCUAUGACUUCAUCUGGAUCUUGUGGGAUCGAGUUACCACUAACAGGUCAACUUAGUAAGGAUGUGGAGAUUAAAUCAGAUAGUCCUGAACAGCACCAAGCUGGAAGAGACAGCUCAAGUAUGGAGCCUUCUGUGGUGGAUGCAAGAAAUGUUGAAGCACGUGAACCCAAAAAGACUAAUGAGAAGAAAUCUAAGAAGCAAAAAUCUUCCAAGUCUCAGUCUUCUGAACAAGCAAAGGGAUUUGUAAAAAAUGUGACUUUGCAUCAGUCAAGGAAACCAGAAACUGAGAAGCCAAUUUAUAGUGAAGAAAAUUUGGGGGAAGCCAAGGAACCAACUCAUGAAACAUAUCUUCAACAAACAAAAGGUAAGAGCAACCAGUCUGGAAUUUCAACUGCAGAGGCAGAUGACAAUCGAGAAGUUAGUGGUCUACUUACUAAUAUUUCAGGAGGCAUCACUGAAACAAUUGUUGAGAAUGAGUUGAAGGCAGUCAAUGCUCUUGGCACAAAGAAUACUGAAUUACCUUCAGCGAGAGCUUGGAAACCUGCUCCUGGUUUCAAGGCAAAGUCGUUCUUAGAAAUUCAACAGGAAGAACAAAAAAAGGUACAGACAGAAAUAUUUGUAUCUGAGGUUGCUACUCCUGUGAGUUCCAUGAGUUUGACUACUCCUUGGGUUGGAGUUGUGGCUAAUCCAGACUCUAUCAAGGUGUCUAGUGACAGACUCAGAGAAGCAGACAAUACUGAAUAUCUAUCUAAAUGUGGAAGUCAUCAAAAUGGCAAGAGCAAGAAAAGCCCAUUACAUGAUCUAUUGACAGAAGACGUAAAAAAAUCUAGUGAAAUAGAUGGCAAGGUUCCAGACAUUAUGCUGCCCUCACAAAAUUUAGAACCAAUAGAUGAUGGGAACUUUAUUGAAGCUAAAGACGCCAAAAGAAGCCGGAAAAAAUCUUCAAAAUCAAAGAGUGCAGGGGCUAAGAUUUCAUUGCCAGUUGCUUCUAGUGAAGUGCCUCUAAGUUCAAUUCCCAAUGAAAAGGGGAAAAGUUCCCGCUCUGUUCCACAGGAGAAAGAACAACUACCGGCCAUCCCUUCAGGACCCUCUUUGGGAGAUUUUGUUCUUUGGAAAGGAGAGCCAACAAGUCCAUCUCCUUCUCCAGCAUGGACUUCUGAUUCUGGUAGGGUUCCUAAACCAGCAGCAUCAUUAAGGGACAUUCAAAAGGAGCAGGAGAAAAAAUCUUCUGCAGUUCCCCCAAACCCAUUGCCUACCCCUCAGAAAUCACAGCCUACCCAAGUUUCUCGAAGUAAUGGUUCACCAUGGCCCGUUUCAGCUUCAUCUCCGUCAAAAACUGCACCAUCUAGCCAGAUAAAAGCCCAAGCUUCUCUGUCAAAAUACAAAGGGGAUGAUGACUUGUUCUGGGGUCCAAUUGAGCAAUCUAAGCAAGAAACUAAGCAAUCAAAUUUUCCUCAGCUUGCCAGUCAGGGGAGCUUGGGUUCUAAAAAUUCUUCCAUGAAAGGUAAUUCACCUGCAUCAUUAAGUCGACAAAAAUCUGGGAAUGGCAAACUGACUGAGCGAUCUCUGUCAUCAUCACUUGCCUCUUCUCAAUCACUGCUGAAACUGAAAAAAGAUGCCAUGACUAAGAAUUCUGAAGCCAUGGACUUCAGAGUAUGGUGUGAGAAUGAAUGUGUUAGGCUUAUUGGGACAAAAGAUACAAGUUUCCUUGAAUUUUGCUUGAAACAAUCUAGAUCCGAAGCAGAGAUGUUUCUCAUAGAAAAUCUUGGAUCAUUUGACCCUGAUCAUGAAUUCAUUGAUAAAUUCCUCAAUUACAUGGACUUCCUUCCUUCAGAUGUGUUAGAACUAGCUUUUCAAACUGUGAAUGAUCAGAAAGUUGCUGGAGGCAUGAUAUCUGGAAAUAUAGAUGUACAGGAUCUAGGCCACACUGAAGGAUCCUCCUCUAGAGGCGGAAAGAAGAAGGGUAAGAAAGGUAAAAAGGUUAGCUCUUCAGUUUUGGGAUUCAAUGUCGUAAGUAACCGGAUAAUGAUGGGAGAGAUCCAGUCCGUAGAAGACUAAUAUUAACACAGGUUGUAGCGGAACGUGUAAAUAUGUUUUGACCAUGCUUUGUAUUCUGUAAAUGAAAGUUUUGUUUUUUUGUUUUUUUGUUUUUUUGUUUUCUUUUCUAACACACCAACAGUAGCAGCACCAAACGGAUCUGCUCAAGCAAUUUUGUCAUCUUAAUCUUGUCAGCCUUAACAUGAUUCAAUUAUUUUACUUUUUGAUUCAUUUGUAUCUUUGUGAGGAAGCAAACUGAUUCGUGGGCAGAGUAUGUGUAGUAUGUAAUAUUUUGGUGAUUUCAAUUUCAGUAACUGUAGAUUGAAAAUUUAGCAGUGGAUGCUAACUUUGCCUUUUCU